AUGUCGGACACAAUGAAGGAAAAAGCGGCCCGCUUGUUAAAGAAAAGAGGCAGCAUAUCCUCUUUAGGAAGCCAUGAAGUCAGGGCGAAAGAAUUUUUUGGAAGAAACAAAGAGUGAGUAGCAUAUUUAUCAUUUUCUGACUUUUCUUCCCACCAGUUCUUCGGUUUCUUUGGAAGACCAUUCCAUCUGGACAGUAUAAAAAAUACUCUUCAGGCUUUUGCAAAUGUCAUGCUCAGUUAUUCUUUUUCUACAUGGGGGUGGCUGGUAAUGGGUGGGAAACCCACCUGGCUUUCAGCUGCUUUGAACCUAGUGCCUGCUUUAGGUAAACAAAGAGCUGUGCUACGCAAGGGCAACGAGGAGCACCCAUGCUCCAGAUGUAAGAGUAGCAAUCAAAUGGCCUGAUGAAAGGGCUAAAAAUCAGAACUCACAUUUUCUUCACAGCAUGUAGUUCUGCCCUAACUGGCCAUGUACAAAUACUGUGCUGUGUCAUCAUAUGCUUCGGCACAGGGAGAGUUGAAAGGGGAAAUGGAAAUCUCACUACAGCCAACCAACCACACCCUAGGCCACCUCCCAACCUCUCUUAUCACGAAGGAAAUAUAACAAGCGAAUAGAAAGAGAACCCACACAAGUGAUGCCGGCGCAAAACCCCAUGCAUACACUAAGCAGAAGAAUAGAAGCAUUACCACCCCACCCCAUCCCAUCGCACGGACCCUCCCUACUCUCCCCCUCUUUUCUUCCUAACCUAAUACUGCAUGCAACACUAAUGUCUCACAACAAAUGAAACUGGUCUGUAGAAAACACAUUUACAGUGGUAUCUCUAGUUACAAACUUAAUUUGUUCUGGAGGUCUGUUCUUAACCUGAAACUGUUCUUAACUAGAGGCAUGCUUUCACUAAUGGAGCCUCUUGCUGCCACUGCGCCACCAGCACACAAUUUCCGUUCUCAUCCUAGGGCAAAGUUCUCAACUUAAGGUAACUCUUCCAGGUUAGCAGAGUUUGUAAUCUGGAGCUUUUGUAACCUGAGGCGUUUGUAACUCGAGGCACUACUGUACAGUGGUACCUCUGGUUACGAACUUAAUUCGUUCCAGAGGUCCGUUCUUAACCUGAAACUGUUCUUAACCUGACCGAUUUCUGUUCUCAUCCUGAGGUAAAGUUCUUAACCCGAGGUACUACUUCCGGGUUAGCAGAGUCUGUAACCCAAAGUGUUUGUAACCCAAGGUGUUUGUAACCCGAGGUACUACUGUAUUAAAAAAGAAAAUGCAUGUAUUUUUGUAAACAAAUAAAUCUUUAAUAGAAAUUAUUUUUUAAAAAAAAGAGGGAAAAUGGAAGGAAUGGUAGAGCUUAGAGCAGAUGUUGGGAGUCUUUGGCCUUCUAGAGGUUGCUGAACUACAACUCCAUCAUCCCUGCCCAUUGGCCUUGUUUGCUGGGGCUGAUGGGAGUUGCAGUUCAGCAACAUCUGGAAGGCCAAUGGUUCCUCAUCGGUGACUUGGAAUCUAAGAUAGUUGAAGGGGCAGGUAGGCGGAGCAUCAUUCCUCUGAUGGUUUCUAAUCACUUAGGAGGCACUCUGACAAGGAUUCCCGACUAGACCAGAAUCAGGAAGUACAGAGUCUCAAGAAGUAGACACCGUGUGCUGCUGCCAAUUCUAGAAUAGUGGGUCAAGGACAGGGUUACAGCAGCAGCACUGGUAAAUGGGAGCUGAGGAGCCACUGCAAAACUCCUGCUUGGGUUUACCUACACCUGUUCUCUCUAAGGGCCAAGGGUUCCCUACACUGGGCUUAGAGCAGGCAUGGCCAAACUUGGCUUUCCAGAUGUUUUGGGACUACAGGUCCCAUCAUUCCUAGCUAACAGGACCAGUGGUCAGGGAUGAUGGGAAUUGUAGUCCAAAAGAGCUGGAGGGCCAGGUUUGGCCAUGCCUGGCUUAGAGACCGAGAGACUUCUGUAGUCUUGUAGCCCAGCUUCCAUCCUCUAUGGGUUUACUUAGGAGCAAGUCACACUAGGUUCAAUUGGACCUCCUUGCCUACCCCCUCCAGUAACUGUGCAUGGUCUUGCAGACUUAAUAACACUGAAAAUGUCCAGUGUCGUUGUGGAAGAUGGUUUAAAUCAUGCGUGCCCUUCCAGAUGUUUGUUUAUCUGAUUUUUAUUCCACCUUUCCUCCCAAGGAGCUUAAGGUGGCAUUUAUUGUUUUUCCCAUCCCCAUUUUAUUCUCACAAGAACCCUGUGAGGUAGGUUGGGCUAAGAGACAGUGACUGGCCCUAGGUCACCUAGCAGCUGAGUGGAGAUUUGAAACCAGGUUUCCCAGGUAUCCUAGUCUAACACUCUAAGCACUACACCACACCAGCUCCAACUUCCAUCAGCCCCAUUCACCAAGGCCAGUGGUCAGGGAUGGUGGCAGCUGUAGUCCAGCAAUAUCUGGUGAGCUACAGAUUAGCCAGUCCUGCUUUAAACCCUCUUCCAGUGUCAUUGGUGUUGCCUGACUUUGUUCUUAUCUCAGAAGUGCUUAAAAUUCUCAGACUGUAAUUAAUGUUGUCUCUCCCUAAUUCUUUCCAACACCUAAAAUGUUGUAUAUGACAAGUUCAAAGGGAUUUAACAUUUUACAAAUCACUGUUUGAGAAGGGCCUCAUGUUUUAUUUUAGAGCAUUGCUUCGCAUACUGAAAAUGUUUCUUUGUUUAAGAAGGUUUUCCGUGAGAUGUGACCCAGUCAUAUAUACAGAAUCAUAACUCAGUGUCUUCAGGGGCAUGACAUUGUUAUAAAUAUGUAAAAGAUAAAUAAAUAAAAUUAGGUGGGGUUUUUUUAAAAUCAAUGUAGCUUUCAAGAAAUCACAUUUAAUACAAUUAUUACUGGGUUCGGUUUCAGCUCCAUAAGUACUGUGUCUUACAUGGAUGAAGCUGGCCACCAUGAUGAUAUUCUUCGCCCUGGGGUUCAGAUGGAAAACACAUACCAGUUGGGUAAGUAUCUUAUCUUACUCACUUUCUUGCUAAUAAUCUAGUCCCACUCUCUGUAGCACUAUACAAAUAAUAAAAGUAAUAGUAAUUAUUAUUAUCAUCUUUACCGUAUUUAUUUGUUAUAUUUUAUGCCGCUGUUUACAUUAUUGCAGUCAUCCUACAAUGAAUACAUUGCAACUGAGGAACAAACAAGAAUAGCUGUAUGUAACAAAUAAACCAUUUAAAUCUUAAGUCUUUUGUAUACAACAGUAAUAGCCUUAGGGCAGACAAAGCAUAUCCUACUGUUGGUAAUUUCUGCAGCGUACAGGCAGUUUAUCACCAAACAUUCAAGUAUGACUAUUGUGGUAUAAUGAUCAAAUAAAUUGGAAAGACUGGAGCUUUUCUUUUUGCUUCAAAGGGGGGGAGCCAUAGAUGCAGUGUAAAUAUAUAAACUAAUUUAGAAAGCUGCCUGAGGCAAGCUUCUGCUCAUAAGCCUCUUGAGGAGUCACCUGGGCAUUCUGCGUGACACAGCGCAUGAUCUAUUUUUGGCAUAAAAUAGCAAAAGAAAUUCUUUCCAAUGAGAGAUAUUCCAUGUUAGGAUAUAAUUCCAUAUUUGGUGGAGAAUAAAAUGGAAAACUAGAAUGCUCAAGCUUUGAAAUUAAAAAGGUGGAUUUAUUUGACCAAGUAUUUCCAAAAAACAUUGUGCUUGAGUACCUUAGGAAAUACAUUAUACUUUUGUAGCAAUACUUAUUUAAAUUAAGGAGGGGGGGAAGGAGUGUUAUUUCUUUUUAAAAAGGUUAUAAUCUUGUUAUUUUAUAGUUUGGUAAAUUGUAAGUGUUCUUCACAGACACGCAACCUGACGGAAGCUCACAGGCCCCCAGGGGUCCACAGACUGUAGUGUGUGGGCCCUUGGACUAAGUUCCCAUCAUCCCUGACCACUGGUCCUGUUAGCUAGGGAUGAUGGGAGUUGUAGUCCGAAAACAGCUGGAGGGCCAAGUUUGGCCACCACUGAACUAAGUCAUUGUUUCACUGGGUAAAUGUGUGCACAGUUGCCAACCCCGCCCCCCCCCGUUAAUAUCACAGCCUUCCAAAAUAAUGAUGUGAGCUCUCUCUCUGCUCCAGGUCCUGCAAAGUGCUUUCCAGUGGGCACUGUGAAUAAUAUCUUGAAGGAUGUAGUAACAAGUUAUCUUCAAGAGGAAAAAUAUGAAGCCGAGUUGUGCAGACAAAUGACAAAGACCAUCUCUGAGGUACACAAUUUAUUAGUAAAGCAAAGUUGGAAAGUAUAUCCGAGGUAUAGCCUAUAGAAAUCUCUGCAGUGCAGGGGGGCGAAACCCUCUGCUCAAGGUUUUGGUUAUAUCAAGGAGACUGCCAAAAACUACUUUGUAGUAGUGUUCUGUAUUGGGGAGGGAGGCUUAAUACUUGAAAACAGGUCACCCGCCAAUCAGUGCCCCUGAUGAUGAGGAGAAUCCCCAUGCCCCCACUCACAGCUACCAGAAAUGCUAGGGCUGCAAUCGUAUUUACACUUACUUGGGAUUAAGUUCCAUGCAGGACUUGCUUCUGGUAAAGCAUUUACAGGAACAGGCUGUGUUAACUACCAGCUAAUUUUACAGGACAAAAUCCAUCCAGUUAAGCCUUUAAGUCCCAUGCAGAUGUGAAAUUGUCUUAUUUGAAGUGCAAUGCAUCACUGGUGUAUUUAGAUUCCUGCCACUAGAGUAAAUCAGUUAAACAUUUGAACACAGCUGUAUUGUAUCCUAGGUAGUUUGUAUUAGUUUGCUUAUGAGACCAUGUAUUUAAUUGCUCCCCCCUCUCUCUCUUAGGUAAUUAAGGCUCGAAUAAAAGACCUGAUGAUACCAAGGUAUAAAAUUAUUGUGAUUAUACAUAUUGGACAACUAGACAAGCAGAGCAUGCAGAUUGGAAGCAGGUGCCUCUGGGAUACUACAAGUGAUACAUUUUGCUCGUACGCCUUCAAAAAUAGAUCUCUGUUUGCUCUCGCAAAUGUCUUUGCAGUUUACUCUGAGUAG